AAUAAGACCAUUACCAGACCAAGGACAAGAAGCAGGAGAAAAGUUCAGGUUGCAUGCAUUCUGGGAGGUUCAAAUGCAGGUAUGGGGCAGGUUCCUGGUGUACCAGAACAGACACCAAGUGAAGUGGAGAGGGUUGGCCUGAAGCGGUCUGCAGUGACACCUAUAGAGACGCCAGUAGCAGCCAAAAGACGCGCUCUCCACCUGCUUCCUUCACCAGAGGCCAGUCCUCCUGGCCCUUACAUAGGUCAACACUCACAGGGUAUAGGUGGCCACUAUGCUGACUCUUACUUCAAGACCAGGGUGGUACUGUGAAUGAAACUGGAUUAUUUAUGUUAAUGAUACAAUACUAAUACUAGACCUGCAUUGGAAAUUAGUUCAGUUGGACAGAUUUAUUUAUUAUGAAAAAUCAAUACUUUUUUAAGUAUUUAUUUGCUAUUUAAAGAAAACUUUCAAUUGCCAACAGAUUGAAGUUUUAAUUUUUUUUUUACACAGUUGUGUGUACUGUUAUGAUUUUAAGUCCUUCAUAGAGACACUUUUUUCUUGUUUCACACCUGUUGUGAAUUGGAUAUUAUUUUUAUGUACUUUUAAAUGCAGAUUACUACCUGGUGUAUACGAAAUUUGAUCCAGAGGUUGUAGUUGUGAAAAUAUUUUAUACUUCAUUUAGAUAAGUAAAUUAUGAGUUCUUAUGUGCAACCAACUCAUUUGACAGUUUUUAUCAUCAGUGAUAGUAUUUUAAGGUGAUGGAGGGAAUGCCAGAUUGAUCAGAUUCUUUGCCAUUUUUAUUAAUUUUAGAUGAAAUUUUUGUUGCCAGUUUUCAUGUUAGAGUUCCUAAGCAGUGGUGAUUGGGUGUAUGUAGUCAGGUGGAUAGCUUGUGCAUGGUGAAUGUGAAAUUGCAUGUAUUAGCUUGUUUAAUUUGUUUACUUCAUUUUAACUGUAUGUGAUUUUAAGUAGAUUAUGUUUGUUGCUAUGGUGCAUACUAUAUAUAGAUUUUAAUAUUUAUUGAUAAUUUGUUCUUAAAAAUAAAUUAGAAACAUUUCCUUUUCUAUAUAGUGUGUAUAAGCUAUUUAUACUUGUAGAUGUGGUGAAUGUGACACUGAAUGUUGUUCUGUGAGCUAGCAUAUUUGAUUUUAUUUAGAUGUCAAUUGUUUUUGAUAUCAUUAAUAUAAACUACAUCACACUUAGAAAAAGUACUUACUUUUCACUUUUAAUAAAUGUCAUCAUUAUAAAUAUUGUUUAGGUUUGUGCAAUUGGAUAAAGUGUUAAUUCUGGUCCCUAUGGAAUAUUCUAUUCCCCUAAAGACCAGCAUGUAAGUUAUUUUACAAUUCUAGAAUGUGGGGAUUUCUGCAUUCCUGUGUACACAAUGAAAACUUGCAUGUACAGGAAUGAAUUAUGAAUGGUGACCUAUUAACUGUAUUGCAUUAUUGUUUUUCCACAAUUAUUAUCAAUUGAAAAGUACCAGUAACAAUUGGUAUUUUGUAUGCUUAUUUGAUGUGUUUUAAUCAGUAUUAAAUUUAUAUUAAUAAAUAGGAUAGUUGGAAAAAUCUGUACACUCCAUGGAAAGCAAUUUC